GACCAAAAUCAAAGUCGCCUUCCUUAUUCCUGUAACAACUUGAAGAGUAUAAAGUCACGUGCACCAGGGACAAGUUCCGCGACUUUAGCACAUAUUCGAUUGUGGAUCUUUACACCACCUUCUGAUCUCCUCAAUUCUUUUGAUACAGGCUAUCCUGAGCUCUGGCACAGAUCACGGUGCCGAAAUACACGUUGAUGAACUUUUCCCUGGUAACCACCAUAGGUUGCUGCUGCAACUACUUGCAUAUUGGCGAUGAAUAAGAACAAGGCAGCGAUCGCGAGCUUGUUGAAACCCGUGGUGGAAGUGGACUGGAUGUGCCCAUGUCAUUAUCCUACAAGCCAACCUCCCCCCUCCCCCUUCCCAUCGAUCCUAUUAACACUCAUUUUUACCCAUCUAUGCAGUUCAAAGGAUAUGAGCAGAGGUGAGACCAGUAACUGGGUCCCUUUACAUCGACACUUUAAUCGAAUUGUGUACCUUCUAGUAAAUUUCUUCAAAGGGGUGCUCCUCCUGCUCCUACUCCUGUUCCUGUUCUUGUUCCGUUUGGUCCUGAAUCCACCGAGUCAAGCUGGGAGACCCUUGAUGAUACCAUGUUCAUUCCUUCCCUCCCAUAAUCGGAGUACAAAGGCCAAGGAUUAUGUAAAACCGAGUGCUGCAAGUUGGAAGGAAAAAAAAUUCGUUUUUCUGUGUACCGCGGCACGACCCUCUGCAUGCCGGAGUUCUGCUGCCACUCGACGUGUUUCGUCGGUCGCCCUUUCUUAUCUUUGUGAGUACACUCUAUAGGACCAAAUGCCGUUCUACCGCUUUCUUACCUUGUCGAUAGUACAGCAAAAAAAAAAAAAAAAACUCUUCCACCCCUCCUCCUCCUCCCCCAACAUACACAUGGUGCCAUAAAAUCUCCAUUGUAGUCUUCGUAUUCCAUAACAUAUAGCAUUGGCGAUUGUGAGUACAGCAUCCAAGUGGGAGUUAAAAAUGAGGCACCGCGUGCUGUUCAAG